AGGCAUCUGCGGUUUCCUGUGACGUCAGUUAGAUGCGCCCGCAGUUCCACGGCGGCUGAGCUCAGUUUUACUUUUGACAAGCUGGAAGCUGUACAUCUUUACUGACCUUUUUGCUGGACAGACAGAGCAGAGGACAGACAGAACAUGAUGUCUGUUAGAGUUUUAAGAAGAAUGUGCUCUUGUUAGGAGCUGGUCUGUUUUCUCCAUGUGUUUCCAGAGUUUUACGUGGUUUCAUAGUCUUUUAUAACAAUUAUAGUGUUUUAAUGGAACGAGAAGACAUGUCCCGACCGCGCAGGAAGGAGGACAUCCCGGACAGGUGGCAGGACUACACAGCGGUGGGGAAAAGACUGAAAGGAACUCGCUUCAUCGCCUUCAAAGUCCCUCUGAAGCAGGCUUUGAUUAGGACACUUCCCCCCUCCGAGGUGUUUGGUCCCUGGGAACUGCUGGAUGCUUUGAAGGAGGACAACCAUGAGCUGGGGCUGAUCAUUGACCUGACUUUCACCUCACGUUAUUAUAAUCUGCAGGACCUUCCUCAGUCACUGCUGUGUGUUAAGAUCUUCACAGCUGGCCAUGAGGUUCCCAGUGACCAAACCAUCCUGAGCUUCAAGCGCGCUGUCCACAGGUUCCUCCGAGACAACCAGGACAAUGACAAGCUCAUCGGGGUCCAUUGUACCCACGGACUGAACCGCACCGGCUACCUGAUCUGCAGGUAUCUGAUCGACGUGGACGGGAUGGACCCGGCCCAGGCGGUGCAGCUGUUCAACUCGUCCCGGGGCUACGCUAUCGAGAGACAGAACUACCUGGAUGACCUUCAGCACGGUCCAAAACGGAGUAACGUGGGCAUGGAGGAGUUUGAGCAGGAGCCACAGAGAGGCCAAGCCAUCCAGCGGCCGCCUGUCGCAGCUUCUUUCAGCAGAGUUCACCGUGACUACUACAGGUCACAUCGGCGUGGAGGACCGAGUCACCGCUCUCACCCGUACCCCCCUCAACCCGCCCACACACCCCGCCCGCCAUUACUCGCCCGCCCUCCAUUACUCGCUCAGCCUCCUCUGGCUCCUCCACCAGCCUUGUUCCAUCCCUACAGAUGGGCCCCUCAGCCCCCAGCUCAAUGGAGAGCCCCUCACUCAGACACCAACAGGUCCAGGCAUCCCCCUCUACCUGACCCACAGUGGCACCCCUCCUUUGCCUUGCUAGACAGAGGUGGAGCUCUACCCAACCUUCCUCACUACUCCCCCAACUGGACAUCUGUUGCUAAUGGAGACAGAUCAGCUGACAACAGGAGCACACCAAAUUUAAGGAACCCGGUCAGAACCUCCCAGAGACCCAGCGCUAACAGAUACGAUGGCUGUUAGUUACCAAGACAAAGCAGGUUAAAGGGGACAUAACAUACAAAACCCAUUUUUUUUAGCCCUUAAAUUUAG